CUUGAACAUCCGAGAACCAUGGUGAUAACUUCGGAUAUGUCGUCUGCAAUGGAUCCGAAGGAUCAACAGCAACUGGUAAAUACAUUUACUGAGUACGGCGCGCAGAAAAUCGAGUCGUCGAGGUGCAAUCACGGUUCCUACCUUCGACCUUCCUACCUACAAAAUAAUAGUGUAAUAUAAUAGAUCUGUUGGUUGGCGCACGUUGGAUUCGGGACGCAACAGCUAGUCUUCCGUCGAAAAGCGUGCACGAGCGUCGCGUCGUCCCUCUGAACGAUAUUGCCAUUUGCUGUGCACACACAUAUAGGCGGUGAACAUCACAUCGAGAUCGAUCAUUAUACACCGCCACCGCGCCCGUAACUAUAUAAUAUAAAAUGUCAGUCGGUGACUUGAACUUGACGACGGCUAAGCCAUUAGACGUCAACAGGUAUGCGACCAAAAAAACCAUCGCUCAGGGGAUGUUGGACAUCGCCUUGUUGACGGCCAACGCUAAUCAACUGAAAUACAUCCUCCAAGUGGGUGAAAAACACGAGUUUUACAAACCUUUGUUGGUACUGAUUGCUAUGUCUAUAUUUUUACAAGUGUUUAUGGGAAUGAUAUUUCUGUCACUAAACCUGCUUCGGGACUGUCGUUUUCAUUUGAUCGAGUACAAGACGUCAUCGCUGUUCAUCAACCAAGUGCCGGUCGUAUGCACGUUUAUGGUGUUCACAAUCAACAUAAUAAUAGGAGCUUUUGAUUCCGGAUUAGCCAGCAUCGUACCGACAUCAACAUUCAACGCGCCGUCCGUCCCGACCAUCAAUUCCAAUUAACAAAUUAUGCAUACAGCAAUUAUAAAAAUAACAAUGAACGUACACUAAUAUAAAUUAUAAUAUAUACUAUAUUAUAUUAUUGUACUGUAAAUUUAUUUGCCGAAUACCAGACGAUAUUAAUUAAAUGUAAUUAAACAUAAUAUGUACGAGCGUCUAUCGGGGGAGAAGACAAGAUAGGAAACUUGCCCCUCUCCCCUUGAAAAAAUAUCAACUAAUAAUAUAAUAAAUAUUAUUAUAUUAUUACUUAAUAACUCAGAUAUCAUAAAAUAAAUUGUUUAACUACAUUAGGAUGUGAUAUAAGUAUAAAAAUACACAAUAUAUUUAGAUAAUAUACGAUUGUUGAACAGUUAUCAUAUUAAUCGUGAUAUUUCGUUAGGUGUAUAAAGUUACUUAGGUAUAUGUAAGGUUAUAGAUAUUUUUGUUUUGCUUCCGUCCUUCUUUAAAAUAUUACUAAAUGCCUAUUACCCAUGAAUAUAUUCCCAGUUCAUCAUAUCUCAAUGACUUAAAAAAAAAAAAAUUAAAAAUAUAAGAAAAGACGACCAUCGACGUGAAAUACUAUACAUUACUUAUUAGUUAUUAUAUUAUUAUUAGGGAGCGUAUAAAAAUUGAAAAAUAUCCGAACAUUAUGAUAUAGUAUACUAUGUGUUCUGUUCUAUAUAUAGGUGCUCGUUGGUGGGAUAUUCCUUGUUGUUGGAGGGCUGGACAUAAAGAAAGAAAAAGACCAACGAAAGUGUUUGAUUUUAAACGACG